AUGUCCAUUUCAAAAUAUUUCACACCGGUGUCAGAUGCAUCCGUUACGUUUGACGGGACAAAUGUGGACUUAAGUGCCAACCUUAGCGCCGACGAUGCCACUGAUGGAAUCCAAAUUUCUCAAUUAAACGAUGUCACUUUCAAAGCAGAUGGUGGUGAAGUCGUGUUAGUCUUAGGUAAGCCAACUUCCGCCUUAUUUAAGUCUUUAUUCCACAGUGACAAAAAUUUAAAUUACGAACCACAAGGUUCUGUAAGGUUCAAGACAAAUGAAAUUAAGGCUUACAAUGAAAAAUGUCCUCAUCAGAUUAUCUACAAUAACGAACAGGAUGUUCAUUUCCCAUUCUUAACAGUUAAACAAACUAUCGAUUUCGCAUUAAGUUGUAAAUUCGAUAUUCCAAAAGAAGAACGUGAUACAAUUAGAAAUGAUAUCUUAAAGAAUUUUGGUCUUUCUCACGUCUUAGAUACUAUUGUCGGUAACGAUUUCUUCCGUGGUGUUUCUGGUGGUGAACGUAAACGUAUCUCCAUUAUCGAAACUUUCAUCGCCAAUGGUUCUGUUUAUCUAUGGGAUAACUCUACAAAGGGUCUCGAUUCUUCCACUGCUUUAGAUUUCUUAAGUAUUUUACAAACAAUGGCAAAGACUACUAAGUCUGUGAAUUUUGUUAAGAUUUCUCAAGCUUCUGAUAAAAUUGUUGAAAAAUUCGAUAAAAUCCUGCUGUUAAGUGAUAGCUAUCAAAUUUUCUACGGUACCAUCGAUGAGUGUAUGACACAUUUCCGUGAAACUUUAGGGAUUGAGAAAAAUCCAAAUGAUUGUAUGAUUGAGUAUUUAACUUCCAUCUUAAACUUACAAUUCAAGAGUACUCAAAAUAUAUCCGAUACCAGUAUUUCUAGAUCUGCAAGCAAUCCAAAAGAUGAUUUCGAAGUUAAGCAAUAUCCAUCAUCAUUCAGAUCAGAAUCUUACUUAUACAAUCAAUGGAUCAAUUCCCCAAACUAUAAUUACUGGAAACAGGCUACUUCGGAUGCUAUAAACAAUUCAAAUGGAAACACACUAAAUCCAGAAGAUAUCACCCCAGUUUAUAACAUUCCAAUCACUAAACAACUCAAUCUUGUUAUCAGGAGAGCCUUUCAAAGAAGUUUAGGUGACAAAAUCUAUUUGUCUGCUCAAAUGAUCUCAAUUAUUAUCCAAUCUAUCGUUAUUGGUUCCCUUUUCUAUAAUACCCCACGUACCACUAUUGGUUCUUACUCAAGAGGUUCAUUGACUUUCUUUUCAUUGUUGUUCUUCACUUUCCUUUCUUUAGCUGAAAUGCCUUCCGCUUUCCAAAGACAACCAGUCAUUACAAAACAAGCAAAAUUACGUUUCUAUCACCUAUGGGUUGAAUCGUUGGCUACAACCAUCUUUGACUACAGUUACAAAUUCAUAUUGGUCGUGGUCUUCUCCAUUCUAUUGUAUUUCUUAGCUCAUUUACAAUAUAAUGCGGCCAGAUUCUUCAUCUUCUUACUUCUAUUAACUACCUAUAAUUUCUCUAUGGUGUCAUUAUUUUCUCUUAUCUCAUUAUUAACUCCAACCUUAGCUAUUGCUAAUUUAGUUGCUGGUAUUUUAUUGUUAGCAAUUGCAAUGUACGCUUCUUACGUUAUCUACUUGAGUGGUAUGCAUCCAUGGUUCAAAUGGAUUGCUUGGAUCAAUCCUUCCAUGUAUGCCAUGGAAGGUAUCUUAAGUAAUGAAUUAUUCAAUAUGAAAUUAAGUUGUGCUGAUUCUAUUGUUCCAAGAGGUGUGGGUUAUGAUAAUGUUUCUUUUACCAAGAGAGCAUGUGCAUGGCAAGGUGCUACCCUCGGUAAUGACUACGUCAGAGGCCAAGAUUAUUUGUCCACUGGUCUAUCAUACAGUUACAGUCAUGUCUGGAGAAAUUUCGGUGUCAUCAUAGCUUUCAUUGUUUUCUUCAUCUGUUGUUCGUUAGUUGCUGCCGAAUAUAUUAAGCCACGUUAUAAUGAUGCUUCUAAGAAGGACACAAUUUCCUCCUGGAUUCCAUUUGUCAAUAGUUCUAGAAAUGCUAACAAUGCUGUUGAUAUGGCUACUAGACCAAGAAGAUCUGAAUCAUUUUCAUCGAUAUCUAUCAUCAAUUCUACCAAGUCUGCUGACGGUACUUUAGAAGAAACUAGUGUUGAAGGUGUUGCUUCACAGAAACAUAUAAUUUCAUGGAAAAAUAUCAACUAUACCGUUGCCGGUAAUAAACAGUUGAUCAACGACGUCUCCGGUUAUAUUAGUUCUGGUCUAACUGCCUUAAUGGGUGAAUCUGGUGCAGGUAAAACGACAUUGUUGAAUGUUUUAUCUCAACGUACUGAAAGUGGUGUCGUAACUGGUGAACUUUUAAUUGAUGGACAGCCUCUAACCAACAUAAACGCUUUUAGAAGAAGUAUUGGUUUUGUUCAACAACAAGAUAUUCAUUUGGAACUGUUGACCGUUAAGGAAUCUCUUGAAAUCUCUUGUAUUUUAAGAGGUGAUGGUGACAAAGACUAUAUUUUAACUGUUUCUAAGUUAUUAAAACUUCCUUUAGACAAAAUCGUUGCCGAUUUAACACCCACCCAAAAGAAACUGUUAUCCAUUGGUGUGGAAUUAGUUACUAAGCCUUCUUUACUUUUAUUUUUGGAUGAACCUACCUCUGGUCUAGAUUCUGAAGCUGCGUUAACCAUUGUUCAAUUUUUGAAGAAACUUUCUGAACAAGGACAAGCUAUUUUCUGUACUAUCCAUCAACCUAGUAAGAGUGUUAUCAGUUACUUUGAUAAUAUUUUCCUACUGAAGAGAGGUGGUGAAACUGUUUAUUUUGGCCCAACUUCUGAUGCAUGUGAUUACUUCAUGAAAUACAAUCCUUCCCUUACCUUUAAUCCUGAAGCUGAAAAUCCUGCUGAUUUUAUUAUCGACGUUGUCGGUAGUAACAAUACUGGAACUGAUAGCGAUGAGAUUGCUGAGGCUAAGCCAACUGUAGAGACGAAAUGGGCUGAAGUAUGGAGCAGAUCUCAAGAAAGAGCCUCUAUUGAGAACGAUUUACUUGACUUGGAAAAUGAAGCCCGUGGCGCUGGUAUUGAUUUCUCUCAGCGUGCUUGGACACCACCAAGCUACAUGGGACAACUCCGUUUGAUUUUAAGAAGACAAUAUAUUGUUACUAAGAGAGAUAAAUCUUAUGUUGGAGCUAAAUACGCGUUGAAUGGUGGUGCAGGUCUCUUUAUCGGUUUCUCUUUCUGGAGAAUCAAAGAAUCUAUUAUUGGCCUUCAAUAUUCUCUUUUCUUCUGUUUCAUGGCACUUUGUGUGUCAUCUCCAUUGAUUAAUCAAGUUCAAGAUAAAGCCUUAAAAAGUAAAGAAGUUUUUAUUGCUAGAGAAUCUAGAUCGAACACUUACCACUGGUCCGUAUUAUUGCUGGCUCAACUUCUUAUUGAGUUACCCUUAGCUAUUACAAGUUCUACCUUAUUCUUCCUGUGUGCCUAUUUCUGUUGUAACUUCGAUAACUCCCCUCAUAUUGCUGGUGUUUUCUACUUAAACUACAUUGUAUUCGCUGCCUACUAUUGUACAUUCGGUCUAUGGUUGAUAUAUGCUUCUCCAAACUUACAAACAGCUGCCGUUUUAGUUGCCUUCUUUUACAGUUUUACGGCCUCCUUCUGUGGGGUUAUGCAACCAAAAGCCUCAAUGGGCUGGUGGAUCUGGAUGUAUUGGGUUUCACCAUAUACCUACUUCAUUGAAACUUUUGUUUCUCUAGUGUUACAUGAGAGACCAGUUGUUUGUGGUGUAUCUGAUCUAGUUCCUGGUACACCACCAACCGGAGAAACCUGUGGUGAUUACUUAGCUAAUUAUGUUGCUGAACACGGUGGUUACGUGUACAGACCAACUGCCACAAAUGUGUGUGCAUACUGUACUUAUAAGGAUGGUGAUGAAUUCUUGAAGGUUGAAAGCAUGUCUUAUGAUCACAUCUGGAGAAACUUCGGUAUUCAAGUUGCGUAUGUAGGCUUCAACAUCUUCGCUAUGUUUGGUGGUUACUAUUUGACUUAUGUACGUAACUUCUGGCCAGGUGUCUUCAAAGUCAUUAGCAUGUUGAUCCCAUUCAAAUCACAAAUUAGAAAGGCUAUUAAGAAAUAG